ACAGCCAGUGCUGUGUCACAUUCCAUUUCUGUAGUGUUGCCCUCCCAUUCGGCUUCACAACACGAGGACACCACAGAAGAAGCUAUUGGGUUAGCUAGACCAGAGAGUUGUACCAACAACACCAACAUGACAAUUCAAUGGUGGGGCCUCCUACUGGACCGGUGGUUUCAUUUGGCCUGCCUACCAUUUCACAUCUCAGCUUUCAAUCUGGACACGGACACAAAGCAUGUUCUGAGGAAAAAUGGUGAUCCGGGAAGCCUGUUUGGAUUCUCCCUGGCACUGCACCAACAACUGAAUCCUGUCAAUAAGAAACUGUUUGGUACCUUCUACCAUACUCUGGGAGACAGAGGCCAUAACCAUCAAGAUAAGACCACACAAGAAGGCUCACUGCAGACAGGUGUCCAGGGUGACCAACAUCUAAGUUCAUCACAAACAGACCAAGUCAUGACGUUCCAGAAGGCUUUCCUGUUCCUGUUGUUGCUGUGUGCUACAGUGAUGGCCGACGUCAACCAACAAUAUAAUCACUUCCUAAAACAACACGUCGAUGGGGAAAUGACGACCCUGAAGUGUAAGAGUCAGAUGGAAAUCUUGAAUUUGAACAGGCCUGAUAGAAAAUGCAAAUUGAAGAACACCUUCAUCUUGGCCAAUCCAGAUCAGGUCCAAGCCAUCUGCACUGGUGGUGGCACACUGAAGGGAAACAAUCUGGUUCAAAGCAACAAACCCUUCAGUGUAGUCAUAUGUACACAUACAGGUGGGGAGUCCCAUCCCAAUUGUACAUACAAGGGAUCUUCGGCCACUAAGAAAGUUAUCAUUGCUUGUGAUGGAAAAUUUCCAGUGCACUAUGAUGGUGAUGUUGAUAUUGGCACCACGGAUGGAAAGUGAAUACAUAUGAAAGGUGUGUCACCGCUAAAUGUAAGCACAACUGGAGACAUGUUACUGACAAGGCAGUGGUACUGUAGCUAGCAAAUGAGUGUAGGAGUGUUUGCUCACAACUAGAUCUCUGCUAACAAUUGCAACACUGUCUCCAAAACUGCAGGUUUCCUGUAAUGUCUACUUUCCAAGCGUAACUCAACUAAACUGCUUUGUGAAAUAAAAUAACAAAGUUGUCACUCAAA